AUGGCCAGCAGGGAGGCCAAUGCUGCGGCGGCGCCUGCUGCGGCGACAGCCAGCACCAGCGGCGGCGGCGGCGCGCCGCCAGCGGGCGUGUCGGCCGCGGCAGCGGCGGCCGCCGAGUGCCCCGUGCCCGCCGAGUUCCGGCAGCAGGUGUACCGCAACCCCGCGGUGUACAACGUGUACAACCAGCGCAUCAACGACCCGGCGGCGGCUGCAGGCGGCGGCAGCGGCCCGCUGGCUGGGCAGGACGUGCUGGACCCCAGCAACAUGAUGCCGCAGGAGCCCAACCAGCAGCCCUGCCCCGGCCAGCGCAAGCUGCUGUCCACCGACCGCAUGCAGUCCAACAUCCCCAAGGGAGGCACCGACAGCACCUGGGCCUACCCCUCGCCGCAGAUGUUUUUCAACGCCCUGAGGCGCAAGGGCAAGGGCGACGACGUGAGCGAGGACGACAUGGAGGCAGUGGUGUUCACGCACAACACCAUGAACGAACUGACGUGGCAGCAGGUGGCGCGCUGGGAGUCCCUGCACUACAGCGAGUGCGGCAUGCCCACCCUGCUGCGCUUCCGCGGCCGCCCCGACGAGCUGUCGCCGCUGGCGCGGCUCAGCUCCUGGCUGGGCGGGCCGCUGCCCUUUGACCGCCACGACUGGUACGUGGACCGGUGCGGGCGGGAGGUGCGCUACGUCAUCGACUUUUACUUUGACGACGACAAGGCGGGCUCCCCCGAGGCCUUUGACAUCCGCGUGCGGCCAGCGCUGGACUCGCCCGGCGCGGCGCUGGACCGAGCCAAGAUGUGGAUCUACCAGCACUUUGCGGAGUAUGGGCUGCCCUGCCCGGUGACGGGCCACCCCAGCACCAUGGGCGGCGCCGCCCAGCAGGCCGCCGCCCAGCAGCAGGCGCAGGCGCAGCAGCAGCAACAGCAGCAGCCCAGCGCCAGCUGA